AUGGCACGAGCUCAAAGGGCAAUGGAAGUUGCAAGAGUAUUUGGUAAUACUCAAACAGCUCUUUUCACUCAUGCUGAUACAAAACAAGCAGAAGGUGGAAAUACCUUAGUUAUCACAGUUUCAUCGGAUAGAGGACUUUGUGGUGGUAUUCAUAGUAGUGUAUCCAAAUAUUCGAGAAAAAUUAUUGAAGAGAAUCCAAAUUCUCAAAUAGUUGUAUUAGGCGAUAAGGCAAAAGCUCAACUUUCACGUUCUGUACGUGAAAAUAUUAUACUUUCUUUUAAUCAAAUUGGAAAAGCUAUCCCUACUUAUAAUGAAGCAAGUUCUAUAGCUGAUACUAUUUUAAAAGAAAAGUUUGAAUUUGACCAAGCCGAUAUUGUAUAUAAUUAUUUUAAAUCUGUCAUAUCUUAUGAGGCACAAACUAUUCCCGCUUUUUCUGUAUCAACUUUUUCAAAAUCUGGUAAUAUUGAUGCCUAUGAAGUCGAGGAUGAUGUUUUGGAAAAUUUACAAGAAUUCGCCUUUGCAAAUUCCAUUUAUUGGGGCCUUGUUGAAGGUCAUGCCGCUGAAAUGGCUUCUAAACGAAGUGCUAUGGAAAAUGCUACCAAAAACGCUGGUGAAAUGAUUGAAAAACUCACAAUGACAUAUAAUCGUGGUCGUCAAGCCGCCAUUACUAAUGAAUUGGUGGAUAUUAUUACUGGAGCGUCCGCUAUUUAA